GUCAAAAUAAGUUGAAAAAGUGUGUGUGCCAACGGUUUGCUUUUUGGUGGAAAAAGUACAAACUGGCUGAUCUUUUUUUCAUCCGCGGUGUAGUGACGAUUGCGACAGCGAGCGGACUUUUCUGUAAAUAUUUACGCCAAAUUAUCGCGCCCGAAAGUGUCCAAAGUAGCGCUCAAAGUUCACCGUAGUACGUGACGCGUCCGAUGCGGACGAAAUCGGUCGGUUUGGUGCACGGUUUGGGUAUUUAAAAGAGAAUUAUUGUUGGCCCCCUUCGAACCCGAGCCCCACAGUAUCUGACGGGCAGAGUUGUUACGCGAGACGCCAUUUUAGAAUUUUUAUUUUGCUUGGCUCACUCGGAUUGGGGCUAUCGGUGGAUCGGUGAAAAUUACCUCAAUUAUUUCGUGAUUUCAAUGUUUCAUUAAGUGAUUUUUGUGUGUGUAAAACAUACGGGAAUGCGAUUCCGUGCACAGUGAAAUGAUUUCGAAGUACGAAGAAGUGAAAAUGCAUUCGGCAGCAAUUGCAACCCGAAGGUGGUGGUGGAAAUAGUGAGUGACCAAGUGAAAUGUUGAUUUAGGACGCUUUGAAUACAGAAAAAUCAAUUAGACGACGGAGCCGUUGACAGCAGGCAAUAUCUUUAACCAGGAGUCGCUCAAUUUGAGCAACAAACGAAAAAUAGUGGGGAACGUAAACACAAAAUGACGACGAUGAAAACAACGCCAGUGGAAUCGAAAUCACCUGGCAAAUCGCCCCUCUCGUCCUCGUCGUCCUCCUCGUCAUCGUCGGACUCGGACGAUGGGUCGGAUUCGUCCUCGGACUCGGAUUCCUCGUCGGUGGCUUCGACCAGCAAAACCAGCAGCAAGCAGAGCACCGAUAAUAACGGAGGCAACAACAACAAGCAGCCACCGCCACAGCAGCAGCAACAGUUCAGUGUGAUGAGCUCUGAUAGCGCAGGAUUGCGAAUGAAAAUAGCUAUCCCUCGGAAUCAAUCAAAUUCGACGCCCACUCCAUCACCGUCUUCAACCGCCGUGGGGCAAACCACAACAAAUCGUCCCGGAUCAUCGGCGAGCGAUGCAUUGAAGCUGACACCAAGCAGCAACACAGUGGCUCCUGCUUCUUGCACAGCUCCCCCGGCUGAUAGUAGCAGUGCUACGGCGCCAGCAGCAGUGAACACAGGGGUAGAAUCAAACGAUAAGGUUGCUGUCCAGCAGGGAGAAAGUUCAUCGUCUGUCAAACCCCAAUCCGAGAGCAGAGCCUUCGCGAGGAAAAGCAGCAAAAGCGAUUCGAGCUCGGACAGUUCUUCCUAUUUCUCCAAUUUUAGCGACAGUGAUAGCGAUAGCAGCAGCACUGACAAUCAGAAUAGUGGGGAAAAGAAGAGUGGCUCAUCGGGCAGUGGUCAGAAGAAGCAGAGGUUCGUUAAGCGGAAGAAGACAAAUCGCAGCAUCUCCACCAGUAGCAGCAGCGACGGUAGUGACGACUCGAGCGAUUCCGAUUCAAGCAGCGAAGACAAUCAGGAUGAGAGCAAAGAUCUUAGCUCGGAAACGAGAGUUCCCUCGACUCCGCAGGCAAUGCCACUAUCGACAUCGACACCUGCGAAAUCACCGCCACCGGUAACGAAGACAGCGUCCAACGCGAUGGCUGACGCCGACGGGGGAUCGUCCUCCGACAAUGAACUACCUGCGCUAGUCAACGCGGCAAUUAUGCGAGUCGCCGAGAGUGGUUCAGAUGGUGAAAGUUGUCGGGGGAUGCCUUCGGCAAUACCCCAGUAUACGUCAAGCUUGCUGCGGGAUUUCGUUGCUAGAACGGCAAUGCUGGGAAGUGGAGAGGGACCGUCCGAGCCGAGACACUCGAACAGUUUGGCCACAACGAAGCAGACAGCGGCGGAUGUGCAGAAAAUUAAGACUGAAUCACCCGUGCCUAGCGGAAGCGUUGGUACGGUGGCCUCUAGCAGCAGUGCCCUUAAUGUGAAUGGUGUGAACUCCUCCAAGAGUGAAUCUACGAAAAUAGUGCCCAUUAAACGCAGGGGAAGGCCUCCGAAAGCGCUCGCAGCCGUGGCGAGCCCGACGGUGGCGGCGGUAGCAGCAGCAAGUGCUAAGGUGUCGUCCGCCCCGGCGAUUAGUGAAUCUCCCGACUCCGGUAUUUUAUCCACGCACAGCUCAACGGGGUCUCCCAAAACGGAAAAAAAGGUCUCCGCGACCGGUGGUGGAGGGUCUCAGAAGCGGCGAGCCGAAGCCGAGGCUGGUAGUAGCAGUGCAGGUGGUGGUAGUAAAGGUGCCACAUCCGGCGUGCCACCCCUUAGUAAAUACACAAUCGCUAGUCUAGAUCGUAAUACGUACGCUACGGAACGGGUUCUGUAUCCGCCCAGGGGGAAGAAGAAAACGGGUCGUGCGGUAAAGGAAAAACAACCACCGCCUGUGUCCCCGACCGUUGCUGAGGAUAAUCUGGAUCCGUUGUGGAAGAAAAUUGACAUAAGCAAGAAAUUCCACGAACCUAAGCUGAGUGGCUACAAAAGUGACGGCGGUCAUUCGACGAUUUGUUGCAGCAAGAGACUCGCUUCCCAGAGUGGAUACAUAAGUGAUUACGGUGGGGGUCCCCGGCGGAGUAGAUUGUCCGGCUAUAAAUCAGAUUGCAGUACAAAAUCGAGAAAAAGCUGUGGCUACAAGAGUGAUUACAGUGUUAAGGCGAAGAGUUGUGGCUAUCGAAGUGAUUGCAGUACCCGGCAUCGCAAGCAGGUGCGCCGGAAACGACGAAAGAAGCUAGCGCCCAAUAACAACAAUCUCAACAAUAAGAAUUUCAACCAGAGCAGUAAAGCUUCCAGCGUAAGCGAGCAGGACAUCCUUCAGCUGGCGGGAUUGACACUGGGAAGCACCAGUGAGGAAAGCAGCAGUAGUCAGGAAUCCCUAUCGUCAAUUAAUACCACCACUCCGUUUAAUAAAGCGCUAAGAAUCUCCCAGGAGCAGCCGCAACAAUGCAAAAGCACCAUUCCAACGCUUUUGACGCCGAAAAAUCGAGUGAAUCCACUGAUGCCGAUCAAUAACUUUAAGGGUAUAUUUUCUUCGCUGUCCAAGUUUGGCAGUCAGGAUGCCUUCUCGUCCAACAUCAGUCCGAGGAAUUCUUUCGCAGCGUUUCUGAAAAGCAAUCGCAACAAGGACAAUGGUAGAGUUCCGGUCAAGAAGCUUCCCCUCUCCAAGGCUAACGUUAUCAAGAAUUCGGAGGAGUGCAGCAGACGGUUCCAGCGUUCCACCAGUCAGGAUUUGCUCAGUCGGAUUACCAACGCGGAUAUUCCGAAGGCUUCACCGGCUAAGUCGGUGUGCUCGAAACGAAGCCGACGGAAAAGCUGCCAUAGCGACAGGAUGGAUAAUGUGUCCGUUAAGAGCGGUACAACCAUCCGCCAGCGGAGGUUGAGUACGACGAGUCGAUGUAGUAGCCGAUCAGCGGGUUCAAGGCAUCCGUGGAAGAAAAAGAAGCGAAAGCGAUUGCGGUCGAACUCGGUGGCGGGGAAGUCUUCCGCGGAUGUUAAGUUGAGCGUGGAGAUUGAGAGACUGAGUGAGUCUUUCAGUGGCCAGUGUCGAAUCAACUUGGAUGGGCGAGCGAAGGAUGGAGUGCUGGGAAUUGGCGCUGCUGCGUUAGCCGGUGCCGCGGCGAAGAAUCAGCCGAAGGGUCGUUCGGCGAAAAAGCGGAAGGCAUCGGAACACGUUGAAUCGCCGUCUACGACGGCUGCUGGGACGAAACGGCGCAACAAGAAAUCGAUGCCCACCCAAAGCCCGGAUGAUCAUAAAUUGCCUCUGAAGAAGCGACAUUAUUUGCUCAGUGAGCAAACGGCCAAGGCGAAUGAUAGUGGAGCGGAGAGGGAUGACGCGAAGAGUCAUUCGGUGAUAAAUCCAUGCGCAACUGCAGCUGGAGGACGUUUGUUGACGACGGUGGCGGCAGCUUCGAUUGCAUCAACUUCUGCCCCAUCGGCGGCAUCGACCAUGAAGGACAGUUCGAAGGCGGUGACGCCAAAGAAACGACAUUUGCUCAAAUCGCCGGAUGUAGCAGGUGCGGAAGAGACGGUUCAAAUAAAGUCAAGUGAUUCUCCGCUGACGGUUGAUCCGAAGAUUGUGGAAAACUUUAGUUCCGAGAGUGCUGUAAGCGGCAAGAAAAGCGACGCGAUCGCACGCAAAAAGAACCGCUUGGAAGGUUUGGUGUCUAAGAUCCAACCCACAGCCACCGUCACGGCGAUUCUGGCGGAUAACAAUAUUCUGGCAGCGGCAAAUCACAGGUCAACGCCUCCCACGCGACCCUCUGUGAUCCAUUCGUCAUCUUCCAGUACAUCCACCACAACGACCACGUCUUCAAACGCAGCAAAUGCGCCUCCACCGGGAAUCUUCGAACCGACCGUUGAUCUUGAACUGGCAAUUCCUGCUUCCAUUCCGUCGUUGAUAGCGAAGGUUGAGCUGUUAGACUCUCCCCGGUUGAAGGAUAAUGUCUCUAAGUUGGAAGCGGAGGAAGCGCUGAAGAAAAAUUCCGAAAAGGUUAUAGAGCAACUACUCACGAAAACCGGAGCUCAUCUGUUGCUGAAGAAAAAGCGGAAGAAACCUAACAGGACCGGAUUUCCUACUGUUAAGAAGAAGAAGAAAAAGUUCGUUGACACCGAUCCAUCGGAGGAGGAACACAAACCGGAGGUCGGUACGGAGCUCUUUGAUUCCUCAAAUCUGACGAGACACGUGCCAUCGGACGCGGAGAAGGCAGCAAAGGAAAAACAGCUGCAGCAGCAGCAGCAGCAGAGGGGGGACCUCUCGAGAGGGUGUGAUCGCGUGCCAAAAGAGGGCGAACCAAUGGAUAGUUUCAUUGAACGGAACACACGCCCCCGAUUGUCGGUGGUCAGUUUGGAACGUUUGCAAGGCAAAAUCCCGAUGCCUGGGCGAGAGGUUGGCAAUCCGACGACUACUCCUCCGGCUACGGGUGCCGGUCGUGGUCGCAAAUCGGCCGUUGCUCCUGAGUUUUACACACAACAAUCCGCACGCAGGCAGCUGAGGGGUAAAUCCAGAGACCCAACGGAUCGGAGAAAAGAUGAGUUGGCGUCGAAUGAGCGAAGAUCCAGGAUGGAGUCUGCUCCGCCUGUGAAGCUUAAUCGAAGAGACGUCCUGGUAAGGGUCUUAAAAUCCAAGGAAAGGCCGCCCGAUUCGAAAGAAUCCUGCAACCCCGUGAAGUCGCAUGAAAAACCACCCAAAGUAGCUCCAUUGGAUAAGGAGAAUAUAAAGCAAGCGGCUUCUCCGUCUCGGAACGUGAAAACACUUGCAGAGGAGAAUCUCUCUGCUGUUGCUCCAAGUCCGCCUGUACGUAGGACGCGGAGCUGCUCGAUAGCGAUGGAUCCCUCCGAACUGGCGAAGAAAAAUCAAGCUCAAACGAAGGAAAGUGAAAUCGUGUUGAAAAACGCCGUCAUAAAAUUGCAACCAUGCCUCAUAGCGAACGAUGACUCCGAUUCGCUAGAUUCCAUGCCAUUGCUCAAGCGACUCCAGUCUCGCUCCAUGUCCCGGCAGCAUCAAUCCGCAGCUAUGCCGGAUGUCAGUUCGGUAACAACUUCCCCAAAAACGGCUCCACGACUCAGAGGUCGACCUAGAACCACACCGCUCCCUAAAGAUACCGAAGAGCAUCCCACUCCUGUUACGGCCACCCUUUUCGAUCAAUUGCACAAGCUGCGUCGCGCACGAAUUAGCAACGACGCUACGAAACGAUCGGAAACGGAGACUCCCCCUUCACCGAAAGAGACUCGAUCCGCUGCGGCUAGGAAGUCUUUCACAAAAGAUCCCCCCGUUGAAGAACAACAGCCGCAACAACAACUGCAGCAGCAGCAGCAACAACAAGUUGACGUUCCGCCGCCGGUCAAAAUUAUCAUCUCGAAAAAGGAUCAGAAGGCUGUUGCUACAACAACCGUUGCUAAGGAAACAGAAAAAAGUCCCGCAUCACCAACUCUUCUUACCAAGUCCGAUGCGAUGAUGACGAAGGAUCGCUGCAAAUCGCGCAGUUCGGGUCGAAUCGAUGCCGUUGUCGAAAAGAUCCGGAAGGAGCAAAAGAAAGUCGAUGACGUGUCGAUCGCGACACCGCCGCCGCCGCCACCUCCACCGCCGCUUAAAUUGAAACGAGGUAAGAAUGAUGAUGCGAAGGCAGAUGGGGAAAGGCCCGCGAAGAAACUGAAGGAAUCGGAUCCGAUCUGUUCGCCGCCGCAGGCAGUAGUACCGCUCGUGCCGGUUGAUGUGCAACAGUUUGUGGAAGUGGAAGAAUCGGUCACCCAGCUUUCGAAAAUAGUACCAGCGUCUUCGACGGAAGAUCUGGAGCAUGAUCCGCUUCCGGCGGAAGAGGGUCCCCAGGAUUACUUCCGUGACGAAACGCCGUCGCCUCCGGCCGAGGGGAAGAACAAAAAAGUCCCCCGCAAGAAGUACAUUUCCGCAGGAUUGUUCUCCGAUUGCUACAAAGACGACGGUAAAGGUUCGGGUAGAACCGGUCCGAAAGUUCAACCGGAAUCGCUCUUGCCACCGCCUGCUUACUGCGAACGAUUUCUGCGUAAAACACAGAGAGAUUUCCAGCUUCCGUAUGAUUUGUGGUGGUUGCAUGAGAAUGGAAAGCUAACGGGGAGACACGGCGUCGCAAGUUGGAACUAUCGGAAGAUCCGAACCAAUGUGUAUUACGACGUGAAGCCAAAUCCGUCGACAGAUCAUCCGCAGUGUAACUGCAAGCCGGAUAGCGGCUGCCAGGAUGACUGUCUGAACCGGCUGGUGUACGUGGAGUGCGUCCCCGAGAACUGCCCCUGUGGCGACCGCUGUCGGAAUACGAAGAUUCAGCGGCAUGAAUAUGCAGCCGGCUUGGAACGGUUUAUGACCGAACAAAAGGGUUGGGGUAUUCGCUCGAAAGAGGGUUUGAAAAAGGGAACCUUCAUAAUGGAAUAUCUGGGAGAAGUGGUGACCGAGAAAGAGUUCAAAGAACGCAUGCGGACGAUCUAUCUCAACGACAAUCAUCACUACUGUCUGAAUCUCACGGGCGGUUUGGUAAUCGAUGGACACCGCAUGGGAAGCGAUUGUCGCUUCGUGAAUCAUUCGUGUGCCCCCAAUUGUGAAAUGCAAAAGUGGUCUGUCAAUGGUCUGUUCCGAAUGGCACUGUUUGCCUCGCGGGAUAUCCCAUCGCACGAAGAGUUGACGUACGACUACAACUUCUCACUGUUCAACCCUAGUGAAGGCCAGCCCUGCAAGUGUGGUUCCGAGCAGUGCCGGGGGGUUAUUGGUGGAAAGUACCAACGUGUUAGACCACUUCCGGUAACACAGGAAGCGAAGAAGCAGCAGCAUCAACAGCAACAAGACUCUAACACGCCGGUUGUGAACAGUUCAGCAACGACCACUACUGAGCAAAGUCCACGGAAUGCUGGUCGCUCGAGGAAGCGGCAGGCGAAAAAGAAUGCUCCACUGAUGCAACUCAACGGUCAACCGCUUCCGAACUUUGUUUCCCCAACGAUUAAGGAACGUGCCCUCAUCGUGGAGCACCAUUGUUUCCUGAUGCGGAAUCUCAACAAGAUACGGAAGCUAAAGGAUCGCUCACCAGAGCAUCCUGCCUCGUCACAAACGGCAAGUCCCGCGCCGGGUGCCCAAGGGCAGCUAACGAACGCCGGAGGAGGAAAACCUUCGUUAGCUUCCCAGAUCUCAGCUCUCCGCUGUCCACGGAACAUCCGAACACGAGGGCUGGCCUUCGUUGAGGACGAUCCAGAGCUGGAGAAGAUUGCCCGGAUUGCUGUUGCACUGAAAGAAAUCUGCUUGGAGAUUGCGAGUUUGAAAGACGAACACAGCCAAUUGUACUUGAAUCGGCUGGCACUACCGUCGAAGAAGAAGGUUCCCCUCUACUACGAGCGCAUUCCACGGCCGAUCGAUCUGGCGCAAAUUCAGUCGAAUGUGGAGCAGGGCACAUACAAACAACCGAAGGCCUUCGAAGAUGAUCUACUGAUUAUGCUGAGUAAUGCGGUGAAAUAUUUUGGAAUUAGUUCACCGGAGGGAGUUGCAUCGGAGAAGCUGAAAGAGCACUAUUAUAUUUGCAAGCAACGGCAAGUCGACAAGCUGAUAGCAUACGUUGGCGAGCAGAACGAGCUGUUGAGAGGCUUUAUACCGAAAACUGAACCGGACCCGGUGGUUCCCACGAAAGGGCGAGGCAGAUUCAAGCAGGAACAGGUGGAGGACAUUAUUCGGUGUAUUUGUGGGCUGUUCAAGGACGAGGGUUUGAUGAUCCAAUGUUCCAAGUGUUUGGUUUGGCAGCAUAUAGAGUGUACGAAGGCGGAUCCCGCUGUAGACAAUUACCUCUGCGAGAGAUGUGAACCCCGAAAGGUGGAUUAUGAAAUACCACUGAAUGAAUUCACGGAUGAAGGAUAUCAGUACUAUAUCUCGUUGAUGCGAGGUAAUCUGCAAAUCCGCCAGACAGACACAGUGUACGUUCUGAGAGACAUUCCGAUGUCUCCGGAUCCGACUAAACCGAAUGCUCCACCGAGAAAGCAUACGUACGAAACGAUUGGUAAGGUUGAUUACGCCGAAUGUGAUAUCUUUCGGGUGGAAAGUUUGUGGAAGGACAAGGAUGGUCGUCGAUUUGUGUACGGUCAUCAUUACUUGAGACCACACGAAACUUAUCACGAACCGACGAGACGGUUCUAUCCCAACGAAGUGAUGCGUGUUCCUCUGUACGAGGUGAUCCCGAUUGAGCUGGUAAUCGAUCGCUGCUGGGUGCUGGAUCCAGCGACAUUCUGCAAGGGUAGACCGGUGGACAGUUCCGAACCUCACGUGUACAUCUGCGAGCUACGGGUGGACAAGAGCGCUCGGCUGUUCUCGAAGAUAUCCCGACACACGCAUCCGGUCUGCAUGAAAACUUACGCGUUUCACAAGUUUGAGCAGAAGCUGAAGAUAUCGAAAACAUUUGCGCCACAUGAUCUUGGAACCCUUUCACAUCUGCUUGCCGCGAAAGAUAACCGAAAGAAAAACUCAAAGAAGGACGAUGCCAAUUCUAUCACUUCGGGAACAUCAACCUCCACCUCGACAAGUUCGAAGAAGAUGACACCGGUCAUGCAGUUGUUACCUCCGCCACCGAAGACUGACCACAACAGUCCCGAGGGAGCGCUCGUACUACCUUCAACCGAGACUCUUGCCGAGAAACGCAACCGCCUGGAAGAGGUUCUCGGACGCCUAAUGGGAAAGCUGAACACAAACCCGGCUGCGCUGCCAGUGGUCGAUAUAAGCUAUCUGCUCACCGGUCGAGGUGCCCGGCUGCGUAGAACCAUCGCCAACUCGACGCCCGUGCCGAUUAUUUGAGAGUGGGUUAGGAAGCGUCGAAAGCGCCGUAAAUGGAAACGCUGCUACAAUUGAAUGCCGCGUUAGAUCUUAUGGCGGGUUUACAUUAGGGAGAUCUAUAGCUAUAGAUGGAUUUAUUCACGUGAAAAUAGGUGUAAACGGGUGAGAAUAAAUAUGAUUAACUUAUUCGAUGUAUAUAUAACUUGAAUAAAUUCAGCAUAUGUAAACGCUUGUGAAUUUCUCACUGGUGAGAAAUCAUUAAAGUUGGAUGCAGUUCUAUGAAUAUAUUCAUGAAUAUAUUCAUUAUAGAAGUUCACGCUAGUGUAAACGGUUGAUGCGAUUUCUAUAAAUCUCAUCAUAUUUCUUCACAUGAAAAUAUCCCUAGUCUAAACCCACCCUUAGUCUGACCUGAUCGAAUCUACGUUUAAGAUUGUGUUAAUCAUCCUUUGGAAGCAUCAAGUUAUUUAUUUUAUUUAUGAGCCGUGCACAGAGGGAAAGAGAGAGGUUUGUUUAGAACAAUGAAAUAAUUGUUUUUGUUUAUAAUGUGUUUCUUGUUUUUUGCUUAAUAUAUUUGUUUUUUAUUUAGAAAUGUUUAGUUACAGUACAACAAGUUGUUGUAUAUUGUAAAGUUGAAUCGUCAAAACAAGAUGUGCAUGCGCGUUCGCUAAGGAGAUUUCCACAGAUCAUUUUUACAUAUUUUACUCAACACAGGUUACAAUUUUAUGCACAAGUAUUACAACUUAAGAACAUAGUGGAACUUUGAAAUUAGCUGGCUUCUAGUUUAUUGAAUUACGCGUCACACUCAUUAAGAUUUUUAAAAUAUUCCACAAUCCAGAUACCCAGAAUACCUAUGAAAAUUAAAGGACUGACCAUACUUGAUAGUAGUAGUCGAUGUAGGGAAUAAAUUCGGAACGUAAUUUAUUUUGAAUGAAGAUAAUUACAGAAAUAUAUAGAAUUUUAAAUGAAUUGAGAAUGGUACUACAUUGGAAUAUAAUAAUUAACACUUUAAUAUAUAACACUCACACACUACAUAGCAAUUGUAAAACAAUAAAUCUUGAACUAUUGUGUAAAUAAGAUGAAGAAAUUAAAAAAAAGUCCUUUUAAACA